AUGCAUCGACUAUUUGCUGAGCUGGAGCUAUCUGUAACCGUCACCGAGCAAAACCUGGCAGACCGAGUUCAGUAUAUCUUGCGCUCAAAUACAUUUGAUGUCACCGAACUCGAACGGCUACGACGUAAGGCUGUUCCUUCAUCGAUGGCUGAGGAUGCGGCGCCACAACUUGCAGAGCAACCGGCAAACGUGGAUGCCGCCGUGAAUACCCCAGUUUUGGUUGAUUCAAACGAAGAUGGAACAGUCACCCAGGAACUGGAACUGGAGCAAAUGAGGACUACAUUGGAUGAGGCGAUUUUGGAAACGCGCAGUACGCCUCUCGAAAAUCGACCGCGACUUCCCCGCAUAGCCAUCAGCAAGCGGAAUCGGGCUAUCGUGAGGGCUCUGAACCCAAUGCUGGUGACAUAUUUUGAAGCCAGCCGGGACCUUUGCGAGACGGACUCAAUUCUCUUUGGCGCCGCACUGGCAGUCUGCCGUAUUAUAGGCGCCAAACUUUCCACGGCGUGA